AUGUGUUUACUACUAUUUGAUACCAUCUCAAAACGACCCACCGAUGCUAAUUCGCCGUUUACAUCUUCGACCGGUAGCGAUUUAACACAAUUACUCAGUGAUGAUUGCGAAUCGAGCAUUAAUUCUACAUCAACAUUGUAUGUUCAACUUCGUGAAAUUUCGAAGACGGGGAAUAAAAUUUGGGGAAAGGAGAGGGGUGAGAGAGAAGCGGGAUCAUCACCUACUUCACCGCUUGCCACUAACGAAAGACAGCAAAGGAUUACAAGACCUAAUGUAAUCCAAAAUCCUGUACAUCGUCCGGUUGCAACCAAAAUCCCACACAAUGCGGUACCACAAGUGGCAACUGGAUUACCACCACUACAACCAAAUACUCUCAAUCCAUACAAUACACUAUUACAUGAAUUCUGGCGGCGUAGUUCGGCCUUAGGUGUUACCACAGGCGGAAUUUGGGUACCACCACAACCAAACCAUGGUGUUGCUGCAACGCCACACAUUGCACGAUCAUGUUCGCCUGGACGACCACCUGCAUGCUCACCUGCACCUGCGUUUGCAGCAACAGCAAGUCCACCGUUUGGUACCACACUUGCUGGGACGCUUUAUCCUUCAACCACUCCUACAAAACCAUCAUUUUUCGCUGCCCAACCUCAACCUCUUCUUCCUUUGACUAUUCCACCACCGCCAUUAGCCACUUCUCCGACUGCUUUCCAGGCUGCAUCCAGUAAUUCACCGUAUCUACGUAACAGACAACCAUAUCCAAUGCAAAAAUCUCAAAUUAAUGGGAAAACCCGCUAUGAAUGCAAAGAAUGUAACAAAACAUUCGGGCAGCUAUCAAAUUUAAAGGUACAUUUACGAACACACACCGGCGAACGGCCAUUCAAAUGUAGCAUUUGUUUCAAAGAAUUUACUCAGUUGGCUCAUCUACAAAAACAUCAUCUUGUUCAUACUGGAGAAAAACCGCAUCAAUGUGAAGUUUGUCAAAAACGCUUUAGCAGUAUGUCAAAUCUGAAGACACAUUUACGUCUCCACAAUGGUCAAAAACCCUAUCCAUGCGAUCUGUGUAGUGCUAAAUUCACUCAAUUUGUCCAUUUGAAACUUCACAAACGUUUACAUACCAAUGAACGGCCGUACAAUUGUUCAUGUUGUGGUAAGAAGUAUAUUUCUCCAUCAGGCCUGCGAACUCAUUGGAAAUCAACAAGUUGUCGGCCAUCAACCGGUAGCGAAUUGCACAUAAUUGAUCUGGAUAGCGAAGAAAGCAGCGGAACACUCCGCGAUGAACAAUGUGUUACCAGCACAACACCGAUACCGCGGUGA